AUGCCAUCAGUCCCAAAUACCACCCAAGUAGUCCCCGGCGCCUCCGUCUCCAUCGUCCUCAAAGCAGAUCAACCCACCGGCCGCCAAGUCCAAGGCCUCGUCCAAAACGUCCUAACAUCCGGAAACCACCCUCGAGGCAUCAAAGUACGGCUCAGCGACGGUAGAAUCGGUCGCGUGCAAAGAAUGCACACUGGCGAAACUCCACCCCAAGAAGCCUCUGCCGCGCCCGCUUCUACAUCAAGAACCACAAGACUACCUAGAGAAAGAGACAACAGGCGUUCAAAGUUUCAAUCUAGGGAUAUCAGGUUAGAUGAUGAUGGCGAGGCGCCUGCCGAGGAGAUUGAUCUUUUCGCGUAUGUGAAGCCCGCGAAGCAGAAGAAACGAGCAGGAGCGAAGGUGCAGGAGCCGGUGCAGGAAGAAGAGGUGAUCAAGGAAGCUGCGUCUACUGCGGCUACUGCUUCUUGUCCUGUCUGUGGAGAGUUUGAGGGCGAUGAGAUGGCGGUUGCGCAUCAUGUUGAGUCACAUUUUGCUUGA